CACAAAUAUGUUUACAUAAAUCGCAAUGGCCCCGUUUGGUCAUGAGCUGUGUUGUGUUAUGGCAAUACCUAACGUCACAUGGGAUUUACUAAAAACAUUUCGAUACAGCAACGAAGAUAAUUUUCUUAAGAAUUUAGAGAGCAUUUUCGCAAACCCCUUUCCCAACCUUAACCUAACCUUCUGCGUAAAUUAUCCUACGAAAAAGUAACUUCCGGUCGUAGCUGUAUCCAUUGGCCUGUUUUUAGGGAAAUCCUUGUCACAAACAGUGGUCAACCAUCAUCAUGAACUGCAUUACAGAUGCAAACAUUGGGAAUUGGUUUAGUAGCACAAUGGAAGACAUUCGCAACAAAAUGCUUUUUCAGGGAACGGCCGAGAUGACGGAGACCGGCAUGGAUUGGGUUCAAACCCACCGAAAGACCGUCAGAUCUGUUCUCGAUACGUGUUCAAAGAAAUGCAAGGAUGAUGAAAUAAUAUUUGAAACGAUAGACUCAUACAAAACAGACUUGGAAAAUAAAAAUGCCUCAUUGGUGGAGAAGAGAAAUGCCAUUGCGAAGAGACUGUCUGAAGUGGAAGGGAAGAACGAACAGAAAAGCAAGAUCAUUGAAAAGAUUGAGAUGAUCCGAGUGGAACAAGCCAAGAAAAAAGAAUUGAUUGUGUCCCAAAACAAAGCCAACAAGGACAGACUGAAAAAUCUCAACAAAGCCAAGCAGAUGUUUCAGGGUCGGCUGGGAUUGGAAAUUAGAAAAAUUCACGGAGAGAAAUUGCAGUUUAUCUUCCGAGACAUCAACCAAAAAGACUCGGAAUGUGUAUACACCUUCAUGCUGAGGAUCAGCGAAGGAGGAUUAUACCAGAUUGUGUCUAGUGACCCACCACUGGACUGCAUGGCUCACUUGGAGCAGAGACUCCAGGAGACCAACAACUUCUCUGCCUUCCUUGCAAAUGUCCGGAGAGAAUUUCUUGCUCUAAAACCUGAAUAGUAAAAAAAAAAGAAGAAAAAAAAAAGAAUGUGGAUCUGUUUAUUUUAACAUAUUUUAGUCACAUCCUGUGUGUUUUGUCUCCAACAUUGUUUGUAAUAUUAAUGUUUUUAUUAUAUGACGUCCAUUUUAAAAGGCUAGGUUGCAAUUUUCAAGUUGGUGGGGUUCUUCAGUGGCCCAAAGAUUUGAUCAGGCAUUUUGGAAUUGGUUUAAUUAAAUAAACGCUUUUUGUACACAC